GCCACGGCGUGUGUCCCACCGCGGCCGCGCUCCACCAGUCACUAGGUUAGUAAUGCCAGCCCUCAUGUCCGGCCGUGGGGAGGCCCUGGUGCUGCUGCUGCUGCUGCCCCGGCCGGUGUGGGGAGCGUGUGAGGCUGGGGGCGCUGUGAGGAGGAAGGAGGAGCGUGGGGGCGAGGCGCGCCAGCAAGUGAAACUUGCCGGCCCAUCGGCGGGACGCGAGGUGGCGGGUUUUCCCUUUUAGUAUCGUGUGUGAAUGUAGGUUACGGCAGUUUCGCUUUUCGAGUGGUAUGCGAUGGUUGGGUUCGUGUCUCCUGCGAGCGUGUGUGAGGCGCGCCCCAGCCCGUGAUCACAGCACGGUGCUCUCUGACUAUACGGCCUUCUUCUAGUGCAGUGUCGUGUGGCAACCAUAACAGUGGAAGUGUACAUAGUGUAACACAAAGUGACACCACUCUCAAGCCUUGGCAGUGUUAUGACCUGGAUUGUGCACGGAUAAUUGUGUUACGAGUGAUUAUACUCAAGCGAGAGUGACUUCCUUCUCCAAUAGGACCUUCAUACUGGAUACGAAUCAAGGACUCGUGACCGCGAUGGACGUGAGCCCUUCCCUCCGCCUGGACGAGCACUUCAAGGCCGACCUGUUCGACCUGGUGUCCUACUCGGAGUACGACCUGGGCGCCGGCCUCGGGACGGAGUGGGGCGCCCUCGACGACAUCGUGGGCCGCACCGUCAACAACAACAACGUGACGGUGGGCGACGUCAUGGCGCCCACGUGGCCCUGCAGCAACUACCAGGACCCGCCCACGCCCACGCCCCCGCCCAUGAGCGUGCACCCGCCCCACGAGAAGGACAAGGAGACGAGCGACAAAAUGUGGGGCGGCGGCGGCGGCGGCACCACGGAGAAGGUGGUCAACAGCGCCACGGGCAACACCAUCAUCAUCACCUUCCCGCCCACGGAGUCGCAGCCCGUCCCCGACACCUCGGAGGCCGCCCACAACCCGUCGCCACCCAUGACGGAGCACAACAACCUCGAGCUCUUCACCUCCAUCCUCAACGAGAAGCCUUACGACGUCCUCGUGUCGCACAACCAUCGCUCGCCCGCCUCCGACUGCGUCUCCUACGUGAGCGCCGGCUCGGGCUACAGCGACUCCGGCAUCUCGACGUCGCUCGAGGACACGGCGUCGCCCAACGCCGGCGGGCACGACCACGUGGACUUCGACCGCCUCGUCGACUCUGCCGUGGACUCGCUCGUGUACUCGCCCGGCGCGGGCGGCCUUCCCCCUGUCGACGACAGCUCCGCCAUGGACAGCAGCAGUGGUGCCUACAUGACCACGACGCAGCUGCCGUACCUGACGCCGGUGACGCAGAGCGGGGACGUGUCCUCCAUCCUGGAGGGGGCACUCAGAGGCACCGUGCGGCGGCCCGGCGGCCCGACGCAGCCGCUGCCACCGCUGCCGCCGCUCACGAAGAUAACGGAGGCGAAGACGCUCACCCUCAUGUCCAACAUGACGCCUCUACCGCCUCUGACGUCCGCGUUCAAGGCGGAGCAGCUGAACGGUGUGGCCGGGUCGACGCAGAUCAGCAGCAGCAACGGCAUGUACGUUACGACCGGCUACGACUACCACCCGGCCCCCGUCGAGGAGCUGACGAGCCUCGACGUGUCGUUCAACAAGCUGUCCACCACCAACACGACCAAGAUGGACCAGCAGUCCGACACCAAGCCCAAGAAGCGCAAGUACACCAAGCGAGCGGCCGGCGAGGAGCCGUCCACCAAGGGCCGCCUCUUGCACUUCUGCCACAUCUGCAACAAAGGCUUCAAAGACAAGUACAGCGUGAACGUGCACAUCCGUACUCACACCGGCGAGAAGCCCUUCACGUGCGAGUUGUGCGGCAAGUGCUUCCGGCAGAAGGCCCACCUGGCCAAGCACAUACAGAUCCACACCGCGCCGAAGCCCCCGGGAAAGAGGUGAGCGAGGCCGAAGGUCCGAACCCUCGCCAAGCCAACCCUAGCCCCGGGCCGCUCUAAGUCGCGCCGGGCCACUCUGGGCCACGUCUGGCCAUAGUUGUGGGCCGAGAACCACGUCUCACUGUCGUACCUGCUCCUCGCUCUUAAGCCGUCCUUGCGUUAUUCACAGCUUCCUACUGUUAGAAGGAUAUGGGAAUCCAAUGAUUAACACUAUGUUUAGCCUACGGUGCAGCCAAUACUCAUGUGUAUAUAGCCACCACUAACCCGUACCCAAACUUGAGUUUUGCACUCACUUAGGACCUGUGUAGGAGAGUCUAUGAUUAUGUUAAUUGUUAUUUUCUACAAAAGAGAAUCACUGUAUCACCACUAGCUGGCUAGUGUUACACAUCCUUUUAUUUUACCCCCCCUCCAUAAAGCAACUUUUAUGAUGAAAAGGUUGUACGAUUUUAAAUUAGGGUGCCAUUAUUCUAUAGCUUAUACUCUGUUUUAAAAUGAAGAAGAGAUUCUAUAAGCAACGUGGCGUCACGUUGCUGAGGCAAAUUAGCCCUAAGACAACCUGGCGUUGCGACCAAUUUGCUUCAGCUUCCUGACGUCGGAGAGGCGAGAGGAGACCGGCGGGAACCCGGGCCUCCUCUGCAGCGCAGAACGGACGGCGCACGUCACGGGUCGCCGCCCACGGACAUUCUGCAGUACUUGGGAAACGCUUCACUCUGGAAUCACAGCAACACCUGCUGCUGCCGAUGCUCAGUGCUGUUAUUGAAGAGAAGAAGAGGGCUGAACGGCCGUCGCUUCUGACGACAUCCGGCCUCAGUGGACGCUCGGUCUGCUUUGGUCAUGUCAUACUCGCUGGACACACUGUCUGCUGGGUGAAUAUGCAGUAUAUUUGGUGAACAAAGUGUACUGAAGAGAGAGGGAAUAUCACGACGCAGUAUACUAAAUGAACACGAAAUGUACUGGGUGAACACGCAGUUCGUUGACCUAAAAGAAGUACAUGGAACUAAUUUUCUGAAAAUGAUGACUUACACAAGAGGUCUCCACUGUAUAAGGUGCAGAUUCCUUUCGUUGUAUAAAGAAAAGAUUACGGUUUCUCAGCAUUAAAAGAAUGAUGCUGAUCUAGAUGUCCUAAAGAAAACAUUUUCAUCAGAGGGAAGAAACUCAAAAUGUGUCAUAUUGUGAUAUAUAUGUAUA